CCUCCCCUGCCGAAGCUCUGUGCAUCUUUAUUUGAGCCCGUCUGUUUGCACUUUCAUUCAUUUGCUGUGCACAUUCAAUGGAUUUUAGGGAGGCAAGAUCGUCGAAGGCUGUGUAAGGAAGCAGGCGCCACUGCUGAUCGGAUAACAAGCUUUACACAGAGCAGCAUGAAGAAACCAAGCCAUGAAACAAACCUCUCACAAGCUCUGUGGCCCUAGAGCAAGGCUGUCAAUUUAUUUUGGUAAUGAUCUGGGACUUCAGAACUCAUCAUCACACUGGUCACAGAAGACUGAUUCUAUUAGGGACUAGUCAGGGGAUGGCUGGGAGGCUGUUGUUUCCGGGAUGACAGCUGCCGCUGUGGGAGUGGAGCGAGGUCCCUGAAGGACAGGAACCGAGCAGAGAGAAAACGGAGAGCCCCGGCGGGACCCACUCGCCAAGAUGAACCUCUGCUGGAGCGAAAUCAAGCGCAAAUCCCACAGCAUCAGGGCUCGUCUGGAAGCUUUCUCUGAUAGCAGUGGGAAGCUCCAGCUGUCCCUCCAGGAGAUCAUUGACUGGCUCACUCUGAAGGAUGAGGAGCUGUCUGAGCAGCUGCCUAUAGGGGGCGAUGUUGGGGCUGUGCAGCACCAGAGAGAUUUUCACAUGGCAUUCAUGGAAGAUGUAAAGUCCAGAGGCCCCUUCAUAUACUCUGUCCUUGAGUCAGCCCAGGAUUUCCUUUCCCAGCAUCCCUUCAUAGAGCCAGAGGAGACACUUCCUGACAGCAAAGAUGUGUCGCCCCGACGGCGGAUCCAGAACGCCAGCCGCUCGGUGUGGAAGCAGGCGAACGUGGCGAGCGACCUGUGGGAGAAGCUGACGGUGCGCUGCCUCGACCGCCACCGGCACAUGGAGCUCACGCUGGAGAGGCUGCUGGAGCUGCAGGCUGCCAUGGAGGAGCUGGCCGGGGCGCUGGACCAGGGGGAGGGGGUGCGGGGGUCCUGGGAGCCUGUCGGUGACCUCUUCAUCGACUCCCUGCAGGACCACAUCGACGCCACCAAGCUGUUUAAGGAGGAGCUGACCCAGGUGAAGGAAGGCAUGAAGCACAUCAAUGACCUCGCUCACCAGCUGGCCAUCGCCGACGUGCACCUGUCAGUGGACAACGCCCGCGCCCUGGAGCAGCUCAACACCGGGUGGAAACAGCUGCAGGGCUCCAUUGAUGAGAGGCUGAAACAGCUUCAAGAUGCCCACAGAGAUUUUGGACCAGGAUCUCAGCACUUUCUCUCCAGUUCAGUGCAGAUUCCCUGGGAACGAUCCAUUUCCCACAACAAAGUGCCCUACUACAUCAACCACCAGACUCAGACUACCUGCUGGGACCACCCUAAAAUGACAGAGCUGUACCAGGCCCUUGCGGAUCUGAAUAACAUCAAAUUCUCCGCGUACAGGACUGCCAUGAAACUGCGGAGGGUGCAGAAAACACUCCGCUUGGACCUGAUGACCUUGAGCAGCACCUCGGAGGUGUUCCGGGAGCACGACCUGCAGCAGAGCGAUCGCCUGCUGGACGUGGUGGAGGUCAUUCACUGCCUGACCAGCCUGUACGAGCGGCUGGAGGAGGAGCGGGGGAUCCUGGUCAACAUCCCGCUCAGCGUGGACAUGUGUCUCAACUGGGUGCUCAACGUCUACGACAGUGGUCGCAAUGGGAAGGUGCGAGUUUUGUCUUUCAAGACAGGACUUGUCUGUCUUUGUAACUCCAAUGUGCAGGAGAAAUAUAAAUAUCUCUUCAAGCAGGUGGCUGGUCCUGGGGGUGGGUGUGACCAGCGGCAGCUCAGCCUCCUCCUCCACGAGGCCAUCCAGAUCCCCCGGCAGCUGGGCGAGGUGGCGGCCUUCGGGGGCAGCAACGUGGAGCCCAGCAUUCGCAGCUGCUUCCGCGUGGCAGCUGGAAAGCCUGCUCUGGAGGUCUCACACUUCCUUGAGUGGAUGAGUCUGGAGCCGCAGUCCAUGGUGUGGCUCCCAGUGCUGCACCGCGUGGCCGUCGCUGAGUCUGCCAAGCACCAGGCCAAGUGCUCCGUCUGCAAGCAGUGUCCAAUCAGGGGCUUCAGGUACCGCAGUCUGAAGCAGUUUAACGUGGACAUCUGUCAGACCUGCUUCCUCACAGGAAGAACCUCCAAAGGCAAAAAACUGCACUACCCCAUUAUGGAGUACUACACCCCAACAACCUCUGGAGAGAACAUGCGUGACUUCGCCAAGACUCUGAAGAACAAGUUCCGGUCCAAGCAGUACUUCAGCAAGCACCCUCAGAGAGGUUACCUCCCGGUGCAGUCUGUGCUGGAGGCUGAGAGCAGUGAAAUCCCCAGCUCCUCGCCAAGGCUGCCCCAUGCAGACACCCACUCCAGGAUCGAACACUUUGCCAGCAGGCUUGCAGAGAUGGAAAAUCAGAACUGCUCCUUCUUUACAGACAGUCUGUCUCCUGAUGAGAGCCUCGACGAGGACCAGUACCUGCUGCGGCACUCGAGCCCCACCCUGGAGCAGGACUCACUCACAGGGCAGCAGUUCGGAGCCGGGCACCUCCUGGGCAACUUCAACUGUGAGGACAAGGAUGAGCUGGAGAGGAUCCUGGCCCGUCUGGAGAACGAGAACAGGAUCCUGCAGGGGGAGUACCGACGGUUGAAGUGGCAGCAUGAGGAGGCGGCUGCCUCUCCUCAGCUGGCUGAGGGGGCUCCUGGCUCCCCGAUGGGUCUCUGUGACGACGAGCUGCUGGCUGAGGCCCGUAUCCUGAGGCAGCACAAGAGCCGCCUGGAGACGCGCAUGCAGAUCCUGGAGGACCACAACAAACAGCUGGAAUCCCAGCUGAAUCGGCUCCGAGAGCUGCUGCUGCAGCCUAAAGAGGAAUCCGAAGCGAAUGAAUCAGCAGCGUCCUCAGUCUCCUCUUCACAGCAGUCCAGGGACAGCCAGAGGGAGGAUCAGUCCAGGGAGACCCCAGAUACAGAGGUCGCAGAUGACGGCCAGGACCCCCAGGACUCAGUCAUGCGACUGGAGGAGGUGAUUGAACAGCUGAGGAACGUAUUCCCUCCAGACAGUGGUACAACAUCGCUUAUCUAAAGAGCAGCUGUGUCCUGCCUGCUCAGCUUCUAUUUAACUGGGAUCCAGUUCAGAGUCAUCCUUAUCUACAAAACACAGCUCCCACCAAGAGUCAUCCUUAUCUACAAAACACAACUCCCACCAAGAGUCAUCCUUAUCUACAAAACACAGCUCCCACCAAGAGUCAUCCUUAUCUACAAAACACAGCUCCCACCAAGAGUCAUCCUUAUCUACAAAACACAGCUCCCACCAAGAGUCAUCCUUAUCUACAAAACACAGCUCCCACCAAGAAUCAUCCUUAUCUACAAACCGCAGCUCCCACCAAGAGUCAUCCUUAUCUACAAAACACAGCUCCCACCAAGAAUCAUCCUUAUCUACAAAACACAGCUCCCACCAAGAGUCAUCCUUAUCUACAAAACACAGCUCCCACCAAGAGUCAUCCUUAUCUACAAAACACAGCUCCCACCAAGAGUCAUCCUUAUCUACAAAACGCAGCUCCCACCAAGAAUCAUCCUUAUCUACAAAACACAGCUCCCACCAAGAGUCAUCCUUAUCUACAAAACGCAGCUCCCACCAAGAGUCAUCCUUAUCUACAAAACACAGCUCCCACCGAGUCAUCCUUAUCUACAAACCGCAGCUCCCACCAGCACGCACACGCAAUGACCUCCAUCCCUAAACCUCCUGGCUAGUGAGCAAAGGCACGCAGGCCUAAACGACAGGGCUAAAAGAUGCAAAGGAUGUAUACUGGUUCUUAAAACCAAUGACUCCCAAGUGCAUCCCCCCCCCCCCGGUGUUUGGGAGAGGGGUUUUUCUAUUGGAGUUCUGAAGUGUUUGAGCCUGAUUCUAGCGUUCCUAGUUGGCUUUUAUGUCAAGCCCAUUUUAGAAACACACACGCACAGACUCAAACUCACUGACCAUGACAAACAGCAUAAUACAUAGCUGCAAGCGAGAUAACUGAGGCUGUUUACUCAGUGGGAUUGUGCUGACAUCAGUGAACCAAAUCAUUUGUAAACAUGAGCUGAACGCCCACGAGCCAAAUCCUUUAUGUGUGUAGUCCCGAAGUAUUUGUGUUAUUUUAUACAAUACAGUAUCACCUCGCAGAGGUCACGUUAUUAAAUAGUACUUACUGAUGUCUUAAAAACAUGGCUCUGAAGAAAACCAAGUUAUUGAACUCCUGAUGUGUUGACAUCUUCUUUGGUUGUCAUGGUUUCCAACAAAGCUUUAUCAUUCCAGCUCAAAUCAUUUUGUAUGACAUGCUCAUUUGGGCUGGCAUUUCAAGGCUUUUUUUACAACUCUUUUGAAGGGGAUAAUUUGUUUAUACACAGUAUUAAUUCAAACUCCAUUAACAGUUAUAUUGUGGCAGAACAUUCAGCUGCCGACAGAUAAAAGUGCUGCUACUGAAACUUAAGUGGGGUAUUCAAUUAUUAAAAUAAAGGCUAUAUUCGGACAGUCAUAGGGCUGUAUUUUUUUACUGUACAAAAAUGGCUUAUUUCACGGUCUUAAAAUAGGUAUUUCAAGAUGUUUCACGAUUAAACAUAAUAUUUAUUAAAGCAGAAAAAAAUAGCAUUAUUAUACAACAAAUGUUUCUAAAUAAUUAAAUGCUUACUUGAAAAUAAAUAAAUGUAAAAAUCGCAACAGAGGUGGGAAAUGUCCCGUUCUUGAACCAGACAGAGCGAUCCUUAACAGAAUUAUUUCCGAUCUUUGAUGCAGUUGGUGUCUAUUUCGUUGAAGACAUUUUACAGAAAUGGUGCUGCUUGAUGCAGUAUGUUCAAUCAUUUACCGGAUGCAAACUAAACAGACAGCCAGGUUCCUAAAUACAGUGUAACGAGUAGUGCGUCCAUAAGGCAAACGUUUGCUGUAUUUAUUUAAGUGAUAAAAAAUAUGUACGUUUUACACAUUUCAGAAAUUUGAAUUUUCACGCGGGAACUACAUAUUGUGAAAUCCUUAAUAACCGUGAAAAUACAGCCUUAGUCAUGAGAAAUCAGAGAAAGCAAUAAUUACAGGGAGUCACACAGUGGGACUGACAAUCUGAAGCUGCCAGAUUAAAAACAAAACUAGUUGAUGUCCAGGACCACCUUAAAACAAGAUGGUUAAAAAAAUGAAAGAAAAAAGCUAGGUAAGCUGGAGUGGCUGUGUUCAUCAAUUAGAAGUUGCAUAUUUGUAAUAAAAAGGGUAGAGACAGGCGAUAGCAAAACUUUGAGAAAACUAAUUGUAUAAUAAUCAAAUGUAUGUAGGGCAGCAGUGUGGAGUAGUGGUUAGGGCUCUGGACUCUUGACCGGAGGGUUGUGGGUUCAAUCCCUGGUAGGGGACACUGCUGCUGUACCCUUGAGCAAGGUACUUUACCUAAAUUGCGCCAGUAAAAACCCAACUGUAUAAAUGGGUAAUUGUAUAUAAACAUAAUGUGAUAUCUUGUAACAAUUGUAAGUCGCCCUAGAUAAGGGCGUCUGCUGAGAAAUAAAUAAUAAUAAUAAUAAUAAUAAUAAUGUUAUGAUAAUCUAUACUAAUAUGCUGCAAACAUCAACUGUGAACUAUACAGCUAAGGGGUAUGUUGAAGUCUCAAUAAUAUGAAUAAGUUCAUUAAACUUUUUGCAGGUAUUCAUUAUCAUAUAAUGCAGUAUUUUUACUGAGAGGUUCCAAUAACUAUACAAUAAAUGGCUAUAUUUUAAAUCAGACCAAGCUGGGUCAGGUGCAUUAGUUGUGAGCUUGGUAAGUAGUACUGUACUGGGUUAGAGAAAGGUUUCUUGAGUGGUUUAUAAAUAUUUGUUGGUGGAUGGUUCAGUCAUGAAAUGAAAGUAGAGGGGGCUGGAAGGUGGGUGGAAUGUGCAGUAGAACUGUUGAGAUUUUCGAGAGCCGUGGGUUUAAGGUGCCAGUCUUGUUUUGCGUGAGGUGAUGCUAGACUGAGGGGUUGUGGAGUAGGAAUAUAGGAGCCCAAACACCUUCCCUAACCCGCCAAAUGUAAAACUGUCAUGAACACAUGGGCAAAUGAACCAAAUUUUAGUAUGCGUUUAUUGAGUGUUGGAAAUGAUCACAAACAGUACCCAUAAAAGGACAGAUUUACUAGUUUGUACAUUUCCAGAUUAUGACUGUGCAGUAUUCAAUACUGGGACGAGCCUUGUGCUGCCUUUUAAAAAAAUAACCAGGAUGAGACGUAGUUAGAUUUUACUAGAACAUUUUACAGCACUGGGGAGCUCUUAUUGUUAGUGGUAAUCACAGGAUAACCACGGAUAGUUGGUGGAUACAAUAUAGGGUGAUUUCUCCAGUGCUGUAAAAUGCUUAAAAAAACCCCAAUGGUGGCUUAUCACGGUAGAGUACAGAUUGAUCAAAUAGACCCGUUAACAGAAAGUGGUGUCGCUAUAGGGACAGCAACAGUGUUUACAUGGGAACUUCAUUUUAGACCCACACUAAAAAUGUUCUUCUCUUAAUCUGAACUGAACUUAAAGGAAGCACAGUGAAACAAAAUGACAAGUAUUUGACACACUUUUACCCUUUUCAUGCUUAUUUAUUUAAUUUAAUUUCAUUAAAUAUAUAAUUUGUUUAUGUAUUAUUGUGACCAUUUUAAUGCCAAGCAGUGGAUACAAUGAAUUCAAGAUUUCCCUGCUCUGUGGUUCCAUAUAUAUGUGUGUGUUUUCUGGUUACACUCCUGAGAUACAUGGGUGAUCACAGGAAGGGAUUUAAGGAGGUAUCGUUAAACGAGUGAGAGGAUGUUUGUCUGGCAGCGUAACAGGAUGCUAAUAACUGUACCCAAUUGAAAACCAUAUCUUGCAGUGCCGCCUUUAAAAAAAACAAAAAAACAUACUGUAUGUGCCAGCCUUUAAUGAUAAAUGCAGUUAUAUUUGACUUUUUUUUUUUCAAUGGGCUGUCAAAUUAUUUUCCAACCAGCAACAAACUAGAUUAUUUUUCCAACUAGAUCCUAACCUAGACAUCGCUCACAGUCACUGCUGGUGGAACUCCAUCGCCUCCCCCUAACACAACCCCUUUAUCUCACAGCCACAAACCAUUUUACUUGACAUCUAAAGAGAAAACAUACAGUACGUAUGGGCUUCUGUAAUAGUUUUUGUUGAAAUUUGUAUAAAACGACGACAGUGAAAAGCUAACCUUUUAAUUAAUGGGGUACCGGCUUGCUUUCUACUUAUAUUGUGUACAGAAAUAAAUUUGUAUUUGUUAUAA